CGUCAGUCUAACGCAGUCGCUGCCGGAGCACGUCGAGUCUGGCUUGUUGUCAGUGUGGACACCCGGCGGAGCAGGAGAGUUGGACAAAAAUAUUAUAGAAAUGUUCUUAUCCUCAAAUAUCCGAAAUGCCGUCUCGUUUACGACCAGGCAGAUUCGCAGCCUGCAUAAGACUGCUGUGCGCUCUGGGGGAGGAGGAGCGCUCUUUGUGCACAGGGACACCCCUGAGAACAACCCAGACACCCCUUUUGAAUUCACCCCAGAAAAUCUGAAGAGAGCCGAGGCGAUUGUGCAGAACUACCCGGACGGACACCAGGCUGCGGCGACCCUCCCCGUCCUGGACCUGGCGCAGAGGCAGCACGGCUGGCUGCCCAUCUCGGCCAUGAACAAGGUGGCAGAACUGCUGGAUGUGCCACCUAUGAGGGUGUAUGAAGUCGCUACGUUUUACACCAUGUUCAAUCGCAAGCCCGUAGGCAAAUACCACAUUCAGAUUUGCACAACCACGCCGUGCAUGCUGUGCAACUCUGACAGCAUCCUGGAGGCCAUCCAGAACAAACUGGGUAAGUAGGAGAAUUGUGUAAUUUAUGAAUAAUCAUUUAUUCAAAACAUUGUUUCAGAUAUCACUUUGUAUGUUAAUGCUCCGGAGCGCGACAUUAAGAUGGACAUGCUGUUUCCUUUAUUUUUCCAGGAGGAUCUUAAACCUCAGGACAUUGAGCAGAUCAUCGAGGAGCUGAAAAGUGGAAAAGUACCAGUGCCUGGUCCAAGGAGUGGCCGCUUCUCCUGUGAGCCAGCCGGCGGGCUGACGUCUCUGACAGGACCCCCCCCCGGGCCCGGGUUCGGCGUGAGACCGGAUCUCUAACGGCUCUGAUCGGGCCGGACGCCGGCGGCGCCGCCCCACUUCCGAUAACUGGGGCCCCGAGAACAUUGUGUAAAUAAAGGAUUUCUGGUGAA